UGCAAAAUCCCCUUGCAGACUCAGGCAGAGUGGAGGAAACACCCUCACUGCACAGACGUAGCCCAGAGAUGUCUUCUGGAAAGUGGCUACCACUCUGGCUAACAUGGAUGGGGACAUUGGUAGCCCUGAGCCACCAAGCUCCAAGGUUGCUGAUGGUCGCCCCAAGCGUGGUGACAGUGGGGACCGAAGUGGGGGUCGUACUUCAGGUGGAAGACGCCCCAGGCGGUCUGAAGGGCAUGGUCUUUUUCCAGAAUGAGAAUACUAGAGUGAAAUGUUCUCAGGAGGUGUCUUUCCACCUUCAGUCCAACGGCGAUGUGCAAAAGAUUUACUUGAAGGUGACCCAUAACCUCUUUGCCCAGUGUGGUUUGAGUCGCCAGCGACGCAGCCGUUACAUCCAGCUUGUCGCUUACAGCCCGCAGCUCUCCAGCCCCAACGGCAUUCAGACCCUCAACAUGCGCUGGAGUGCUCGGCGUGGCUACCUCUUGAUACAGACGGACAAGCCGAUCUACACCCCGCGGCAAAACGUGAAUUUCCGAGUCUUCGCCCUGGAUCACAAAUUGCGGCCUACUGCUGAAUCGGUCAUCAUCACUAUUCAGAACCCAAGAGGUCUUCAGGUCCGGAAAGUUGAACGCAUGCCAAUUGAUUUUGUGAUAAAAGAUCAUCUGACAAUCCCUGAUAUCUCUGAGCCUGGGAUUUGGAAGAUCACAGCCCAGUUCGUCAACACCCUGGGUUCCAACACGACAACAGAGUUCGAGGUGAAAAAAUACGUGCUCCCCCAUUUCGAGGUGACAAUUGUUCCAGAACGGAAAUAUAUUCUGGUCUCAGAACGGCAGGAUGCUGACUUGAGGAUUGACAUUCAGGCUAAAUUUUUCUAUGGGAAGGGGGUCAGUGCCACAGCUUAUGUGCGUUUUGGCGUCACUGAUGAUAAAGGGAAGAAAAUGUAUAUCACAGGACUGGAGCAACAGGUCUCGGUCACUGAGGGCCUUGGAUCGCUCACUCUACCACGCAGCCUUCUCUCUGAGAAACUGGAGCGCCCUCUGCAGGACUUGGUUGGAACGGCACUCUACAUCUCAGCCACUGUCAUAGAGACAGCAAGUGGAGAGUUGGAGGAACAAGAGCUCGCCUCCGUGAAGUUUGUGUUGUCUCCGUAUUCAGUGGACCUGUCUAAAACCAAGCGCCAUUUUGUGCCUGGUGCCCCCUUUGAAGUGCUGGCGACUGUUUCUCUUCCAGACGGCACACCUGCCGCCCGCCUUCCAGUCCACUUCUCAGCCCAGAUGGCUGGAGCUCCAUCUCCUGACGAUGAGCAAAUAAGCAGCAAUGAUCAGGGGCUCGUGACGCACAGGAUCAACGUUUCUCCCAGAGCGACAUCCAUCACUAUCACGCUAACAGCUGGGACUGAGUCUCCGGCAGAAGUCACCCUGACCGCCAAAGCCACGAACUCCCCACGCGGCAACUACUUGAUCAUCGAAAGCGCCAAAUACCAAGGCUUGAACCCCGGAGAGACCCUCAGGCUAGGGUUGAAACACGUUGGAUCAGAAGCCUUCUCCAAUUUCUAUUACAUGGUUUUGAACAAAGGGGACAUUGUAUCUGUGGAUAAAGUGGCCCGCGGCUCCUAUACUGCAGUCUCCAUUCAGAUCACACCUGAGCUGAUGCCGGCGUUUCGCUUUGUGGCCUUCUACCGCCUCGGAGAGGAAGUUGUGGCGAACUCCAUUUGGGUGGACGUGGUUGACCGCUGCGAGGGGAAACUGGAACUCGGCACAGUGGGGAACAAAAACGAACUGCGGCCCCAGGACCCCGUGACGCUCACCAUCAAAACGGAUACGUCAUCCGUCGUGUCUCUCGCUGCCACUGAUGCCGCCGUUUUCGCCCUCAGCCGGAAGAAUCGCCUCACGCAGGACAAGGUUUUCCAGGCCAUGGGAAGCUACGACCUCGGCUGCACAGCUGGCAGUGGGGAAGAUACCCUCAGGGUUUUUGCUGAUGCCGGACUCUCCCUUCGUGCCGGGGACGUGCAAAACCCUCUCCGUGAAGCUCACGGGUGCCAUGUUGAUACUUCCCGGAAAACACGCUCAUUGCAGUUCCAUCUUGAGCUCAAGAAGAAGCUUUCUAAGUACCAAGACCCCGAUGCUCAGAAAUGCUGCCAGGGCGGCAUGGUGCCGCUACGCCAAUCUUUGACGUGUGAACAGCGGGCCAGGCGGAUAAAGGGGCCAAACUCCCAGAAGUGUCGUAACGCCUUCCUUGAGUGCUGCAAGCAUGCAACCAGCCUACGACGGAAAUCCUGGGGAUCCCACAGUCUUGCACGGACUCACGCCGAUGAGGACGAAGAGGAUUUAUUUGACGAUGAGUUCAUUCAAGUCCGAAGUGUCUUCCCCGAGAGCUGGCUCUGGAAAACGUACACUGUAGACCGCAGCCACACGGAACCCUUGAUUCUCCCUGAUUCCAUCACCACCUGGGAGAUACAGGCGGUCAGCAUGUCUUCACAGAAAGGGAUCUGCGUCUCAGAGCCUCUUCGGAUCCGAGUCUUCCAGGAUUUCCACAUCUCCCUCAGGCUGCCUUACUCGGUGAAACGGUUUGAACAGAUUGAGCUUCGCCCGGUCCUGUACAACUACCGGCCUCAGGCGGUCAACGCCUUGGUAUAUCUGGAGCCAGCUGAGGGCAUCUGCUCUCCAGCGACUGUGGGCCCGGCACGGAAGCAGCGGGUGGAGAUUCCUGGGAACUCAGCGGUCCCCGUGCCUUUCGUGUUGGUUCCCAUGGGAGCAACUGACAUCCCCAUCACUGUCGUUGCCCUUGGCGGCUGGGGGACAGGGGACAAAGUUUCCAAGAAACUACGGGUCGAAAGAGAGGGAGCCAUCUACGUGGAGGAAUACUCCAUCCCCCUGGAUAGCGACGACGGACGCACCCGGUCUCUGACGAUUUCAGGCGAGGAGCCCUCCAACGCCAUUCCCGACGGCGACUUCAAGAUGAGCGUCCGGUUGACAGGAUCGGUGCCGACGGACACCUUGGAGAGUUCUCUGACGCCGGAAGGUCUGUCUUCUCUGCUGCGGGUUCCGCAGGGAUGUGGGGAGCAAACCAUGGUCCUGCUGGCCCCUGGGGUCUAUGCCAUGCAUUACCUGGACAAGACGGAGCAGUGGCUGCAUUUGAAAUCAGAGAGCAAGGAAAAGGCGUUGGAGAAUCUCCGCACAGGCUACGAGCGGAUCCUCACUUUCAGAAAGCCGAAUGGGUCUUACGGAGCUUGGCUCUCCCGCCCCAGCAGCACCUGGCUGACUGCUUUUGUGGUGAAAGUUGUAACCCUGAGCCGUGAGUACCAGGCCGUGGAUGACGCUAAGAUCCGUGAGACGGUCAAGUGGUUGCUGGAAAUGCAGGACUCCGAUGGCUCCUUCAAUGACCCACACCCUGUCUAUCACCGGGAGAUGCAGGGUGGUGUCGGCGGCCUGCACGGAGGAAUCUCGCUCACGGCCUUCGUCACCAUCGCGCUCAAGGAGGCCUUGCCUGCGUAUGGCGGAAGGGAGGAAGAUCCAGAGAAAGAACGGGAGAAGCAGGAACAGCUGAGUCAACUGAAAAACAGCCUGGCUCGGGCUACGACCUUCCUGGCCAGCAAACUCAACGACCUGUCCCUGGGCCCUUACCCCAUCGCCAUCACCAGCUACGCCCUCUCGCUGGCUUCUGACGACCGGUCGGCCAUCGCUGCUGCUGACAGCCGCCUGAGGGACCUCGCCUUGCAAGAUCAAAACAAAACGGUGAUGUUCUGGGCUGUGGAGGAGAAGGACCGAAUGCGGGACGAGAAGUCUAAGCGGGUGCCUUCGGCUUCGGCCAUUUCGGUGGAGGCCACAGCCUACGGGCUCCUGCACUUGGUGAAGCAGAACGACAUCACAGCAGCCGGAAAGGUCUCCCAGUGGCUGACGGAGCAGAGGAACUACGGGGGAGGCUUCAAAUCCACCCAGGACACGGUGGUGGCGCUGGAAGCUCUGUCAGAGUAUUGGAUCAGCACCUUCAGCGAGGAAGGGAACGAACUGGAGGUGACCCUCACCCUCCCCGGGAAAAGCCUGCCCUUGUUUCUUUCCUUUGGGAGGUCUAACGAUCCGGUCCAGAAGGAGCUCCAGUUUCCCUUGGGAGGUGACAUCGGUGUAAAAGUGCAAGGGAGAGGAAAAGGGACUUUGACCGUCCUGAAGCAAUUUCAUGUCCUGGCUAUGCAGAACACCUCAUGCCAAACCCUCGGGUUGGAGGUGACAGUGAGCGGUUCCGUUCAACGUGACUUUGACGCCUAUGACUACUACUAUGAGGAUGAAAAUGGGGAUGAAUCUGGGCCACCGGCACAGCCAGCUGACCAGCCGCUAUCGCCCAUCGCCUUGUUUGAUGCCCGGCAACGGCGCCGGAGGGAAGCCAAAGACCCCGGACAGCCAAAACGGGAUGUCUCCUACAACGUCUGCUUCUGGAGACAGCCAGGGGCUCAUGUCUCGGGCAUGGUCAUCGUUGACAUCACCCUACUGAGUGGCUUCCAACCUGACGAGGAUGACCUUAGCCAGCUGCGAGAUGUACCUGACCAAUAUAUCAGCCACUGGGAGAUUCAAGGACGACAGUUGCUGCUCUACGUGGAAUCGGUGCCAGAAACGGGACGUGAAUGUAUAGUAUUCAGAGCCAAACAGACCGUGCCCGUGGGAAAGCUCCAACCCUCCAGUGCCACCAUCUAUGACUUCUAUGAACCCGACCAGCGCUGCAACAUCUUCUACGGCGCCCCCGAUAAGCCUCAGUAUGUGUCCGCGUUGUGCUCGGAUGAUGUUUGUCAGUGCGCUGAAGGUGCUUGCCCACGUCUGAAGCGUACCUUUGAGGACAGUCUUACAGAAGAUGCUCGCAGGGAUUUUGCAUGUUACAGUCCCAUUGUAAAUUAUGCGCUCCGGGUUCGAGUGGAGCGUGAGAGCCAAGAAAGCGCCUUCCGUGUCUAUGAAGUUAAGAUCCUAGAGCCCCUGCAGUUCACCGCAGACACCGGCAUCUCUGCCGACCAGAUCCGACGCUUUGUGGUGCGCGCGGCGUGUCGGACACGCAUGGCCGCCGGUCGCGAGUAUCUGCUGAUGGGACGUGACGGGAAGACUCGGGACUCUGAAGACCGCCCCCAGUACCUGCUGGAUAUGAACUCCUGGGUGGAGGAGCUUCCGGAUCCCCGCCGCUGUCGGGCCACCCAGUACCGCAACACCUGCGCUCAGCUCCAGGCGUUCACCACUUCCUUUGCCCAGAGCGGCUGCCAGGUCUGAGCCGGAGAAGCUGGACCAGCGUCUCCUGUGCUUUCCGCCAGUCUUGAUGCACCAGAAGCUUUGCAGCGGAAUCAGGGAUGCCGAAACCACCACCCCGUCGCUAGAUUAUUUGUCAUGGGUUGUUUUGCGCUUGGAGAUUUAAGGACGUAAAAAGAUCCUACUUGCAUCAGGACUAAAAGUCCCCCUUGUCCAGUGGCCAGCCAGAUCCCGAAGGGGAGUUCAGAAGUUGGGCUAACCGGGAGCCACCCUCCCUGUCUGCGGUCCUCAGCAUCUGCUACUCAGAGGUAGACCACGUCAGAACCUCGGAGGCUCUCUUUAGCUAGGGGGAUGGCUUGAAAUUCCCAAGGCCGUUUCAAAGCCCUUUCGCUCACCAUCGAAACGGGUUGUUUCCAUUCAUCCUUUUUUUUUUUUUGACAACAUAAAAAUAAUAAGAAUGCCUUGCAAAAACCCAGAGAUGCUUUAUUAGAAAUGUGGACUUCCUGGCGUCCCAGUCUGGCCCUUCAGAGUUUCCCAGGUAGCCACACCGCACCCUCUUCCCCGACCACCACCACCACCCAGCUUUCCCCCAACGGUCAAUUGUUUGGUUGUUUCCUGACUUUUGCACAUUUUUCUCCCCAUUCGAAAAGGUUGAAAUGUUUCUUCAAAGGCCCCAGUUACUGGCAGUAAGAGCUUUGAGCUCAAAUAUGUGGGUAUUUUCAGCCCCGCCCCAUUUGCCUUUGACCCUGAUCGCAACCUGAGCUUCAUGGAAUUGUAGAAUAGUAGAGUUGGAAGGGGCCUAUAAGGCCAUCAAGUCCAACCCCCUGCUCAAUGCAGGAACGCGCCUUGUCUACGUUUACUCUGUGGCCAAAGUCACAAGCAGCUGCCAAUAAUGUGUCUAUCUAUAUGCUUUCAUAAGAACAGGAAAAUGCAGGCCCACCACUCCUUUGGACGAAACAGCCCUAUUUCUAGGCCCUGUUGCCUGCAUUCAGAAUGACCAUUUCCUGGCCUGCUGCCCAGCAUCAGCCUCAUUCAUCAGUUCAAAACAAAAUUCCCGUCUGCGUGAAAAGAGCUCAGAGAUACGUUAUAGCUGUUGACCAAAUGAGGCGCAUUGUCCUAAUCCUGCUUAUUUUUAAAAACGCCCUUGCCUCUAGUACUAAUAAUUAUGCCUUACAACGUAUUUGCACUGUUUUUAACUGCUAUUUUAUUCAAUAAAAGGUAUUGUGUUCAA